AUGCCUCACAGCUCCGACAGCAGCGACUCCAGCUUCAGCCGCUCUCCGCCCCCCAGCAAACAGGACUCAUCUGAUGAUGUGAGAAAGGUUCAGAGAAGGGAGAAAAAUCGCAUCGCCGCCCAGAAGAGCCGGCAGAGGCAGACACAGAAAGCCGACACCCUCCACCUGGAGAGUGAAGAUUUGGAGAAGCAGAACGCGGCUCUGCGGAAGGAGAUAAAGCAACUCACAGAAGAGAUGAAGUACUUCACAUCGGUGCUGAGCAGCCACGAGCCCCUGUGCUCCGUGCUGGUCCCCAGCACGCCCUCGCCCCCCGAGGUGGUGUACAGCCCCCACCCCUUCCACCAGCCUCACGUCAGCUCCCCGCGCUUCCAGCCCUGA